AUCAAUAUAUUUUGUAAAACCCUUUUAUUGCUCUCUCUAUCUCUCUGGCUCUACCAACCAUGGAGGCCUUCAGUUUACUCAAAUACUGGCGCACUAGUGGCGCCGGCGCCGCUGCUGCAGCCACCACCGCCGCAAAAUCCACCCCUAAAACCACCGUCUCCGCCGCCGUGAGCCCUUACUCCUCCGACGGCGAAGACGGGCCCUACUUCGACCUCGAAUUCGCCCUACCCGACCCCGAUAGCGACACCGCCGCAUCGCUCGAAAACGACGUCAAAAUCCCCCAAUCUGACGACGAAACCGACACCGAAGAGGAAGAGGAAGAAGAAGCGGAGCUCAAAUUCUCUCUCUCUAGCAAUGAAUGUACGGAUCAGAACGCCGCGGCUUCUUCUCCUUCCGACGACCUCUUUUUCAAAGGGGAUAUGGUGGCGAUCGAGCCCUCCAGCAUCCUGCUCAACGCCGCCGGCGAGAACCCUAGGUUCCCCGUGUUCCUGGUCAAAUCCGCCUCCAAAUUCCGCGUGCUCAUGCUCAAGCUGAAGAAAUCGAAAUCCGCCAACGGCGACGCGGCCGACGAUUCCGCCGCCGCGAGGGCGAAAUCGAGCGGGAAAUUCUUCGUGAAGCUGAAGCUAGAAGAGGCGCCGCUCGUCAAUUUGUUCACCAGAGACGGCAGCGCCAAGGAGAAACCCCCAGUUCACGAAUCGGAGGCGAAUCCGGCGUCGGAUGAACGGAAAUUGCCCAAGGAAGUCGUGGCUAAGUAUCUGAAAAUGGUGAAACCUUUCUACAUUCGCGUCUCCAAGCGCUACGUGAAGAAGCUGAAGCUCCCCGGCGGCGCCGCCGCGUCGCCGCCGGAGAGCAAUGUGAAGAAUUCGCAGGGGAAGAAUCUGCAGGCAGGGCUGAAGGUCGUGCGGAAGCACUUGGGGAAAAGCCGAUCCGCCUCCGCCGCCGCCGCAGCUGCGGCGGCGGCGCCUCCCUCCGACCGCCGCGACGACUCGCUGCUGCAGGUGCAGGACGGAAUCCAAGGCGCCAUUUUGCACUGCAAAAAAUCAUUCAAUACCUCUCGAGAGGUUGAUUCGUCUUCAAUGUUAAGCCGUUCAGUUAGUGAUCCGUCUGCAACGACGUCGUCUUCAACCUCCGGAUCAGAAGCUAAGAAGAAGGGAUUAGAUAAUGUUUAGGAAUGAAAUUAAAUAAAUAAUAAUGAUUGUAAGUAAUGUUUUUAUUUUAUUUUAUUUUAUUUUAUUGUAUGUGUUUUUAAUUUUAUUGAUAAAGAUAUAAACUAGUGUAGGUCAAAGUGCUAGGCCGAAAGAGCACUAAGGUAGUAAUGCUCUUUUUAUUUUAUUUGGUUACUUCGAUUUGAGUGCUUCAAAUUGAGGUAUGGCAAAUGACUGAGGAAUGAGUAAUGCAUUAUUACUUGUGCUUUGUUUC